AUGGUUGUUGAAACUGAGGAGAAUGGAUACCACAGACCCACUUUAGCACUGGCUGCUGCCAUGGCCAGGACAGACGUCUCCUUCAUCAUAGAUGAACACAUGUUCGCUAACAUAGUAGUCAGGGGAUUGGGGAUGGUUGUUGAAACUGAGGAGAAUGGAUACCACAGACCCACUUUAGCACUGGCUGCUACCAUGGCCAGGACAGACGUCUCCUUCAUCAUAGAUGAACACAUGUUCGCUAACAUAGUAGUCAGGGGAUUGGGGAUGGUUGUUGAAACUGAGGAGAAUGGAUACCACAGACCCACUUUAGCACUGGCUGCUGCCAUGGCCAGGACAGACGUCUCCUUCAUCAUAGAUGAACACAUGUUCGCUAACAUAGUAGUCAGGGGAUUGGGGAUGGUUGUUGAAACUGAGGAGAAUGGAUACCACAGACCCACUUUAGCACUGGCUGCUACCAUGGCCAGGACAGACGUCUCCUUCAUCAUAGAUGAACACAUGUUCGCUAACAUAGACAUUGGUCAGAUGGCACUGGAGAACGAGGGGAUCGACAACUCUGCUCUGGUCCUCUACAACAUGGAAGAGGCACUCUAUCUGCUACCAUCGCAGAGAUUGUCUUCUUCUGAGGUGUUUGUGCUGAUGGGAUCUCCUCACUCUUGUGCUCAGUUUCUGCUUCAAGUGGACGAGAGGUCAACCUUGUUCCGCAUGAGCUUCCAGUGGAUCAUAUCCUGUCAGUUCCCACCAGACAUGUGGUCCCAGCUGCGUUUUCCUGCCGAGCUCAUGGCCUCAGUCUAUGUAGUCAGUCCACAAUCACAGACUCUGCAGUCAAAAGUGGAGAAAGUGAUCUCAGUGGUGGCAGAUGUGAUAGGAGUGAACAUUCUUGGGCUGCAUCCAAACAAAGAGCAACAGGUGGGCUGCAGAUCAGACGAUUCCCUCUACCCCUACGGUCACCUUCUCGCCACCCUCAUCACCACUAGACUGAACAGCCCCCCUAUACCUGAUGCCCCCAUUCCCACAAGUGACCACAGUCAACAGUCUCAACAGGAGGGAGAAAAAGCAGGACUAGGGGCCGAAGAGAAGCCAAGUCACAUCCGUAGAGUGUUCGAGAAUGCAUACACCAUCCAGUAUUUCGACAUUCACAGUCGACAGUGGAAACACGUAAAUAAGUAGCGUAAUACCUAACGAAGAGAGAGAGGGAGGAAGCGGUCACUGUGGUUAAGAUUCAAUACAUAACAGUUGUGUGUCAACUCUCUAAAUUAUCUAGAACCAGAAAGGGAAACAUUUUUCAGUCAGAGCAAUGAUUCUUCUCAAAAACAAGAGAUUCUCUUUUUGAUAGAUAGAUAGUACGACAAAUUUUGAUAAAUAGUCCGAGUUUCAAAAACUCCUCAGCAAACAAAGAUUGUCGA